UGCGGCAGGGCAGGACAGGACAGGACAGGGAGAGGAAGACUGGGUGGGAGUGCAUGAGACGGGCAGAUAUUUUGGAGACGGAAGAACGAAACCUUUGGCCGUGAUCGGACGGCGGGAUGAAUCGGGCUCUGCUUCUCCUGGUCCUGCUGCAGCCUCUGUGCUGUUCGGGGUUCACCCGGUUCCCGUCUAACAUCACGCCCAUGGCAGAGCGAGCUCUAAAUGUAUCCCUGGAGAGGGUCAACAACCAGUCCUCUGGUCCCCGCCUGUAUGGAGUCACUCGCGGUGCCAUCAAGGGGGUAACUCCGGUAGGUGUGAAAACGUACGGCCUGACGCUCAACUUCUCGAUCAGGGAGACCGUUUGCAUGAAAGGCGUCGCAAUCGCUCCGAGUCGAUGCGCUUUCAGACGCGGCUUCGCUACGUCUCAAGCAUCCUGCUCCAGUCGAGUGCUGGUCUCAGAUCAGCUCACUCAGAUCAUGUCCCUCAGAUGCAGCCGCACAGACGACUCCAGCUCCAGUUCUGAGUCCAGCAGUGAGGAGAUGCUCUGGAGAGGGCUGCUCAUGAACAGGUAGAAUCUCUGCAGGACCAGAGUUUGACCCUUCCCUGCCAACACAGCACACAGACACCCCUGACAGACAGCUGGGGGGACCCACCUUGAUGUGCGUGCACCCAGAAAAGCUAAGCAAUCCGGCCACACUACAGCAAGACUUCCUUAGCUCUGUGGCCAUUCCUCCAAGCCAGCGGCUCCUUCACACCUGUUUCUUUUUGUCACCUUGACCGCUGCAGUCAAUAAUGUUUUCCAUAUUGUGCUAGCUCUUUUUUGUGUGGCUUUUGUAUCUGUUCUCUAUGCCCUGCUGUGCUUGGCGUCUUGCAGCACAUGCCGAUUUCAACUCUACUAUAGUUUUAACAUGGUGGCACAAGCCAUCGGGCAGAGAUGCUUCAUUCUGACAUGGAUACACAGUGCAGAAGUUGCGGUUUGGAUAAACUGUCACAAAGUGAUUUUUUUGUCUUAGGAGCUGUGUGAGAUGGUUUCUGUGAGAGAUGUAUUUUUAGAGAUGAACUUUUUUCAGGUGAAUUUCCUCUUUUUCUUUCCCUCACUCCUCUCCUCCGCUUCUGCAAUCUGUUCUCACUGGUUCUUCUCCUUGAUGCCUCCCACCUUUCUCUCAGUUCCCCUUCUCUCACUGACAAGUGUGAAAAUAACACAGUUGGUGUCUUUUUAAAGCUUUUGCUUCACACAGAUCAACACAGUGGGCAUUUCAUUACAUCAUAUUAUUGUCAUCUAGC